AUGGCCGGCGGAGGGUGGCCGGUGCCCGGCGGCGAUUUCUUGUCCCCGCCGCCGCCGCCUUCCCCGCUGGAGCCGCCGGGGGAGGCUGCUGGGGCUGCCGCGGCGGAGCCCGACCUGGACCAGUGGCGGCAGUACCAGGAGAGCGAGCGGCACUGGGCGCUGCGCAAGCAGUUCGUGCUUCGCAACCUGCCCGGCUACCCGGGGGCCAGCGUGGAGAGGCUGCUGUCGUUCUCCCAGGUCUGGAGCAACCACCUCUUCAUGGGGUGCAGGUAUGGCUCUCAAGUUAUGGAGAAAGUCCUCCAGAUGGCUGAAGGGAUUGACAUUGGCGAAAUGCCAUCGUUCGAGUUGGUGCCCGGUGCUAAGGCGACUAAAAGGCCACACUCACCCUUCGAUGGCGCUCCUCGCAGUUCCGAACCUCCAAGAAAACAGCCUCCCAAAUUCCGUGUCAGACCUCGUUUUGAGCCCAUACAUUUUGUAGCCAGCAAUACAAAAGAUGAAGGAAAGGAACAGCCUUCCGAAAACCAAACACAGGAUGUCACUGAGAAUAUCACAACUCAGCAGAUACAAAACUACGCAGAUCAGGUCUUCAGCAGCUUCAGUACACAGGAUGGGGACCUCCAGUUUUCCGGUUCAGUGGGUUUAGGCUACACAAGUAGUCAAACUAACCAAGCAGGAGCCAGCACAGUUUCCAACAGCAAAGACACUUCCACAAAUGCUGGUGCAGCCGUUUCAACCUCUCCUGCCAUUCUCCAAUCCACCUCUGAAACGUUCCCCACGUCGGCUGUAACAGCCAAGCAGUGUUUUAUUAACAAACUGGUAGCGGCCGUGCGUAAAAACCUUGCGAAUUCCAACGGGCCUGAUAAAAUUAACUACACUUACCUUUUGACGCGAUCCAUACAGGCUUGCAAGACCAAUCCUGAGUAUAUUUAUUCCCCCUUGAAAGAAAUUUCUCCUGGUGACCUCCCCAAGAACAAGAAGCUUCUGAAAGAAGGUUUUGCGUGUGAGGUGAGAUGCCAGAAUGUGUAUUUGACCACAGGGUAUGCUGGAAGCAAAAAUGGUUCCAGGGACCGAGCUACAGAACUAGCAGUGAUGCUGCUGCAGAAGCCUGUGGAGGUCAAAGUGGCUCAGCGGAAGUUCAAGGGCACGACCCGUGAGGAUUUGGUGCUGUGUGAGAGUGGCACAAGUCCAGAAUUUCCACCAGCUCUCAAACAGUUGGAUGACUUUAUUGCUGCCAUGACAGAAUGCGCGCCUGGGCAGCCAAACUCUGAUCCACAGCAGGGGCCCAGUUCAACGAAACACUGGACUAACUUUGUCCUUACGGAAAAUGCCAGUGAUGCGAUUGGGAUACUGAACAAUUCAGCCUCCUUUAACAAAAUGACCAUUGAAUACAAAUACUUCUUGAUGCCCAACCGCCUGUGGCGCUGCAAAGUCUACUUGCAAGACCACUUUUUAGCGGAAGGGUAUGGCACCAAGAAGACCAGUAAGCAUGCUGCUGCGGACGAAGCCCUAAAAAUUCUUCAGAAGACUCAGUCUAAUGCUGGAGCCACCAAGACAGUCCAGGUUCAGAAAGUAGGCAACGCUGGACAGGGUCCUGGGAAGAAAAAAGAUCUGAAGGAUCUCGUCGUUUAUGAGAACUCUAUGAAUCCUGUGUGUACACUGAAUGACACAGCACAGUUCAACAAGAUGACUGUGGAGUAUGUCUUUGAAAGGAUGACAGGAAUGCGGUGGAAAUGCAAGGUGAUGCUCGAGAAUGAAUUAAUCGCCGAAGCAGUCGGGGUUAAGAAGACUGUAAAGCACGUAGCAGCAGAGGAAGCAGUGAAAGUGCUCAAAAAAACACAGCCAACUGUUGUAAACAACCUGAAAAAAGGUACCAUUGAGGAUGUCAUUUCAAGGAACGAGAUCUGUGGUCGCUCCGCAGAAGAAGCUUUGAAACAGCAGAUCAAGGAAGACAACAUUGGGAAUCAGAUUUUAAGAAAAAUGGGCUGGACGGGUGGUGGCUUGGGCAAAAGUGGGGAAGGGAUUCGGGAGCCAAUUGCUGUGAAGGAACAGUUCAAAAGAGAAGGACUUGGGCUAGAUGUUGAAAGGGGGUCAAAAAUUGCCAAGAAAGACAUUGAGCAGAUCAUCCAGAAUUAUGCCUUUUCAGACAGUAAGAUUGACCUGACUUUCUCCACAGAACUGACCAAUGAUGAACGCAAACAGAUACAUCAGAUUGCCCAAAAAUAUGGGCUUAAGAGUAAAUCCCAUGGCCAGGGCCGUGAUAGAUAUUUGGUGGUUAGCCGGAAAAGGCGCAAAGAAGACUUGUUAGAUCAACUAAAGCAAGAUGGUCAAGUUGGCCAUUAUGAACUCAUCAUGCCCCAGGAUAAAUAAUAUCUGAA